UUUUCAUCGUAAUACAGUCAUUCCCACCUUUCCUACACAAUAGAAAGGCCAAAAGAAUUGCAAAUAGGCAUAGCUGAAAACAACACAACACUACACAACACUAAACAACGCACCCAUUUCAACCAGCUCGUAAUUCUUCUGGUAAAGAGAGAGAUGUUACAGUGCAUAUUUCUUCUAUCAGAUUCUGGAGAGGUAAUGCUUGAGAAACAGCUAACUGGGCAUCGAGUGGAUCGGUCUAUAUGUGAUUGGUUUUGGGGGCAGGCCAUUUCUCAAGGUGAUUCCUUCAAGCUACAACCAGUAAUUGCAUCACCAACUCAUUAUCUAUUCCAAGUUGUUCGCGAAGGGAUCACAUUUUUGGCUUGCACGCAAGUUGAAAUGCCGCCUUUGAUGGCCAUUGAGUUUCUUUGCAGAGUAGCUGAUGUACUCUCAGAUUAUCUUGGAGGUUUGAAUGAAGAUGUGAUAAAGGAUAACUUUGUCAUUGUAUAUGAGCUUCUGGAUGAGAUGAUAGACAAUGGCUUCCCUCUAACUACAGAGCCUAACAUACUGAGAGAGAUGAUAGCCCAGCCAAACAUUGUUAGCAAAGUGUUGAGUGUUGUGACUGGUAAUAGUUCCAAUGUCAGUGAAACCCUUCCAGGUGCAACAGCAUCCUGUGUUCCAUGGAGAACGUCAGACCCAAAAUAUGCUAAUAAUGAAGUUUAUGUUGAUCUUGUUGAAGAAAUGGAUGCAACUAUUAACAGGGAUGGAGCAUUGGUGAAAUGCGAGAUUUAUGGUGAAGUUCAAGUGAACUCCCAUCUCUCAGGUCUUCCUGAUUUAACUCUUUCAUUUGCAAACCCUUCCAUCUUGGAUGAUGUGAGAUUCCAUCCCUGCGUUCGGUUUCGACCUUGGGAGUCCCAUCAAAUUCUAUCAUUUGUGCCUCCAGAUGGACAGUUUAAGCUCAUGAGUUACAGGGUUAAAAAGUUGAAGAGUACUCCUAUAUAUGUAAAACCGCAGCUAACAUCCGAUGCGGGAACAUGUCGUGUCAAUGUGAUGGUUGGAAUACGAAACGAUCCUGGAAAGACAAUCGACUCAAUAACCGUGCAAUUUAAACUGCCUCCUUGCAUUUUAUCAGCUGAUCUGACUUCAAAUCAUGGAACAGUAAAUAUCCUUACUAAUAAGACCUGCUCAUGGUCAAUUGGACGGAUCCCAAAAGACAAGGCCCCUUCAAUGUCUGGAACUUUUGUGCUUGAGACAGGGUUAGAGCGCCUUCAUGUAUUUCCCACAUUUCAAGUAUCGUUUAGAAUUAUGGGUGUUGCCCUCUCUGGCCUACAAAUAGAUAAACUUGAUCUGAAGAAUCUACCUAAUCGUCCCUACAAAGGUUUUCGAGCUCUCACACGUGCAGGGGAAUUUGAAGUUAGAUCAUGAUUUCAAUUUGACACAUCAAGAUCAUUGGAAUUUCUAGCAAUAUCUUCAUUUGUAACUUCAUUUGUUAGAUAGCAUUUGGUUGGUUGGUGGUUAGGGCAUAGGCGAGUGAUUUAAACUUGAGUUGAUUUUGUUAUACAAAACAGCAUACAUUGUCAUGGAGAUAUAUUAUGAGAAAGUGAUAUGAAAAGGGAAAUUAAGGAGUAGAAUGGCAACACUGUUCUCAAAAGCUUGGGGGUUCAAGCAUGCGGUUUCUUUGUGUAUGUGAGAGUAGUAUUGAUCAAUUUGGUUAGAAAUGA